GAUAGAACUUACAUUUCUGAGAUAUCAUUCGAAAUGACUUUGAAACUAACACAUUUGGCUACUUUGGUGUCGUUUCUAGCCACAUUGCUCGUUCUCCAACUCAUCCCAACAGCUUUAUGCGAUGCCAACCAGACGGUGGCACCGAAUCCAGAGUCAAACCUAGACGCAUGGAUUGCACUUAACAUGCAAGAGUAUGAGCAGGCUUCAAAGAACAUCGCUUCCAACAACGCCCUACUAGCAUCCCUUAGCAACGCUCCGAUGAAGAUCAUCAAGGUCAGACAAGAUGGUGCUGGAAAUUUCAAAACGGUGACCGACGCCGUUAACAGCAUUCCGUCGGGAAAUAAAGACCGAGUAAUUAUAUAUAUUGCUAGUGGUAAGUACAGGGAAAAGAUAGUCGUCGAUAGGUCAAAGCCCUUCGUGACGUUCUAUGGGCAACCGGGCAAAACAGUCACCAUAACGUAUGACGGUACAGCAAAGAAAUUUGGGACCUGGAAAAGCGCCACGGUGGCCAUUGAGUCUGAAAACUUCAUGGCAGUCAAUAUUAUCUUUGAGAAUUCAUCUCCAAAACCAGAUCCCAAAAAGUCCGAUGGACAAGCUGUGGCACUGAGGAUAUCAGGGGACAAGGCAGCAUUCUACGGUUGCAGUUUCAUAGGCUUCCAAGACACCUUGUGUGAUGACGUGGGCAGGCAUUUGUUUCAGGGCUGCUUCAUCGAAGGCAGUGUUGAUUUCAUAUUUGGAAACGGAAAAUCUUUCUACAGUAACACCACCUUAAAAUCGGUUGCACAGAAAUUGGCUGUCAUCGCAUCACAAGCUACGAAUGGCAAAUCAGGGGACAGCGGGUUUGUAUUCGUCCAUUGCAAUAUACAGGGGACUGGCGAUAUGUACCUUGGUCGAGCAUGGAAGGAGACAUCUCGGGUCAUAUUUGCCUAUACAUACAUGGGCAGUAACAUCAAUAGUGACGGCUGGAUGAAGUCUCCGCACCAAACGAGUGUGUUUUAUGGAGAGUACAAAUGCUCGGGCCCAGGGUCAGCUGCCUCCAAGCGGAAAUUUGGAAAGAUUCUUUCUGAUGAUCAAGCAAAGCCCUUUUUGAGCACCACCUUUAUCGGAGGAAGUCAAUGGCUUGUCCCCAUUCCCAAGAUUCCAUAAAAACUUAGUACGAUUUGCCAAAUGGGGCUAGAUAUAGACACCCGGCCAAUACGAAUAGUUGUAUUUUUUUCUCCAUUUUUUUGGACACUGUAUUUACAUUGAUCUGUAUAAAGAGAUAAAUUUCACAAUUACUAUGAUGUGAUGCAUGUACAGUAUAUUAUAUAAAUGGAAAAUGCUGGUACCCACUUUGGAUUC